ACUCAUUGCACUUUCAGCAAAUUGUCACUCCCACCCUAAGAAACAAUCAUUUUCCCUCAACCCCAGUUCCCUUUUUCUCUUUCUUUCCCCUUAAUUAUUCCUGUUUCUACGCUCACAACGGUAAAGAUCCAUUUUUUGUUUGUUGGGUAUGUCUUUUUGGUCUCUCUUGUUCUAGAGGACUACUUCAUUUUCAAAGCUUCUGAUACUUCCAUGGACCAGAGGAGUUCCUGGGUGUUUUUCAUUUUGUUUUCUGGCUUUUGGGUAGUUGCUUUCUCUGAUAUUCAAGAUGGUUUCUUGAGCUUAUCUUGUGGUGGAACUUCAAAUUUUACUGAUUCAUCUGGUGUGUCAUGGAUCCCAGAUAGUGAAUAUAUUAACUCAGGCAACAUAACUACCAUUAAUUAUACACAAAACAACUUCACAUCAACUGUUUCAGCUCGGUAUUUUCCAGUUUCCAGAAGUCGAAAAUGUUAUAGAAUACCAUUAAAGAAUACAUCUUCUUUGGUUCUUGUCAGAGCUCAGUUUGUGUACAAAAACUAUGAUGGGCUUGGGAAGCCUCCAAAAUUCUCUGUAUCACUUGGAACAGCCAUUGUUAGAACAGUAGACCUCACCAAAAAUGAUCCACUGAUAGAAGAGUUUGUGUGGCCAGUUAGUAAAGAGACGCUGUCGUUUUGUUUGCUUGGUGUUCGACGUAAAGGCUCUCCUGUUAUUUCCUCACUCGAGGUUCGACCACUUCCUCAGGGAGCUUACACAAGUGGCGUGGAAGAUUUCCCACGUAAGUCUCUCAGGAAGAAUCAUCGAAUCAAUUGUGGUUACACAAAUGGCUCUCUUAGGUACCCUUCUGAUCCGUACGAUCGAAUAUGGGAUUCUGAUCAGAACUUUACACCAUUUCAUGUGUCAACUGGGUUUAAGAUUCAGCACCGUUUCAAUGGCUCGGAAAGUCUUAAGGAGAGUCCCCCACCUGCCAUUCUUCAAACUGCCAGAGUCUUGGCACGAAGAGAUGUUUUGGCGUACAACUUGCCUCUUGAUAAGCUUGGUGACUAUUACAUCAUCCUCUAUUUUGCUGGGAUUCUUCCUGUUUUUUCUUCUUUUGACGUGUUGAUCAAUGGAGAGGUCGUACAGUCAAACUAUACUGUAAAAACUUCAGAAGUUAGUGCUUUACAUUUUACACGAAAAGGACUAAAAAGCUUGAACAUCACACUCAAGAGCUCUAGCUUCUAUCCUCAAGUCAAUGCAAUUGAAGCAUAUGAGAUUGUUGAUAUUCCAUUUGAAGCUUCAUCAACCGCAGUUUCGGCUCUUGGGGUUAUUCAGCAAUCUACUGGUUUAGACCUGGGGUGGGAGGAUGAUCCAUGUUCUCCUAUAUCAUGGGAUCAUGUUAAAUGUGAAGGAAGCAUUGUCACAUCAUUGGAGCUUCCAAACAUAAAUCUGAGGUCAAUUAGUCCAACUUUUGGUGACUUACUGGAUCUUAAGACACUGAAUUUGCACAACACUUCACUUAGUGGUGAAAUUCAGAAUUUGGGUAGCUUGCAACAUCUUGAGAAAUUGAAUCUGAGUUUCAAUCGUCUAACAUCCUUUGGUUCCGAUUUGGAGGGCUUAGUUAACCUUCAAGUUUUGGACUUGCAACACAAUAGAUUACAGGGGGCAGUUCCAGACAGCUUGGGAGAAUUAGAUGACCUUCAUUUAUUGAAUCUGGAAAAUAAUAGGCUUCAAGGUGCUCUUCCACCAUCUUUGAACAGAGAAAGUUUGGAAGUUAGAACAUCUGGAAAUCUUUGCCUUUCUUUCUCUGCAAUGGCUUGCAACGACGUGUCGUCGACCCCUUCUUCAAUUGAGACACCCCAAGUUACCAUCUUAAACAAAAAGCAGCACACUUCUUCUGUGUAUAACCAUUUAGCUAUUAUACUUGGUGUCACUGGGGGAGCCUUGCUUGUUCUACUCUGUAUCUCAGUAGCAAUAUUUUUCUACGUGAGGAAUAAGAGAAGUGCUCAUGAUGUCUCAUACGCACAAAGUAUUGCAGCCGACAUUCGAAACUGGAAUUCGGCUAAAGUUUUCACUCACAAAGAAAUCAAAGCUGCAACCAACAACUUCAAGGAGGUGAUUGGCCGUGGUAGCUUUGGAUCAGUCUACUUUGGAAAGCUACGUGAUGGAAAGCUUGUAGCUGUGAAAGUUCGGUUCGAUAAAUCCCAGCUUGGAGCUGAAUCUUUUGUCAAUGAGGUGUGUCUCUUGUCACAAAUUCGCCAUCAAAAUCUUGUGACUUUGGAAGGAUUUUGCUACGAAUCAAAGCAGCAAAUACUUGUUUAUGAGUAUCUACCCGGUGGAUCAUUGGCUGACCAUCUUUAUGGUCCAAAGAGCCGAAAAGUUUCGCUGAGCUGGGUUCGCAGACUGAAAAUUGCAGUUGAUGCUGCUAAGGGACUUGACUAUCUGCAUAAUGGGAGUGACCCGAGAAUUAUACACCGUGAUGUGAAGUGUAGUAACAUCCUUUUGGACGUGGAGAUGAAUGCUAAGGUUUGUGAUUUUGGCCUCUCUAAGCAAGUGACUCAGGCAGAUGCAAGUCAUGUGACCACUGUUGUCAAGGGGACCGCUGGCUAUCUUGAUCCCGAAUACUAUUCCACCCAGCAGUUGACAGAGAAAAGUGAUGUAUACAGCUUUGGAGUCGUUCUUCUAGAGCUCAUUUGCGGGCGAGAACCAUUGACUCACUCUGGAAUUCCUGAUUCGUUCAAUUUGGUUUUAUGGGCCAAACCAUACUUACAGGCAGGUGCAUUCGAGAUUGUGGAUGACAGCUUGAAGGGAAGUUUCGAUAUUGAAAGCAUGAGAAAGGCAGCCUUGGUUGCCGUGAGGUCUGUGGAGAGAGACGCAUCACAGAGACCAACCAUUGCACAAGUGUUGGCUGAGCUCAAAGAAGCUUACAGUAUUCAGCUGGCAUAUCUUGCUUCUCGCGACAUGUAAGCUCAGAUGUCUGGUCAGAGAUUUUGGCAGCAUCCAAGAGACAUAUACCUUACAAGAUACAGUUUUCUCUUCCUCUUUUUUUCUUCAUUUAUUUGAAUUAUAUGCACACACACACAUACACACAAAAAUAUGAAAAUAUGAGAGCCAAGAGCAGUUAUUCUGUAAGGAACACUUUCUUAAUCUCCAUACCAACUUCUGCUUUCUGAGUUUCAUGAGUUAGAUUAGUUAUAAGUUUACAGCAUAUGUGUAUUCAUUCUGUUUAUAGCAGCAGUAAAAUUAUCUUUCUGUAAUGCA